AUGAAUUAUGUAUACUGGAAACACUUUCCCAUCCACAAUGCUUCUCGUUAUGGACUACGAAGUAUGCCAACUUUUUCUGGACCAUAUGCCACUAGUUGGAAAGCGCCACUUCUCUCAGCCUACAUAGAAGGGCGUCUUAAUAACUGUACACCACUUACUCUUGCUAUAGCACAUGGGCAUGCAGAAGUGUGUCAGUAUCUCGUGGACGGGUUCAAGGAAAUCAGGAAAAAUGCUCCACGGGACUUCUGGAUCACGAAUAUUCGAAAUGGAGAGGAUAUAAUCAAGGGUAUCUACUCGAACAUCAAUUCCUGCCAAGCUUUGCCUCUAUACGGCCCUUUCAAAGAUUAUCAAGGAGCGCACGGUGAAACUGCACUUUAUGCUGCUGCCAGCUCCAGAAAUUAUUCCGCAGUGUCGUUCUUAUUGCAGAAGAAGGCGAACGUUAACAUCCCGAAGAAGUCUCGUGGUUGGAACCCCCCUUCAUCGUCGCCGUUAUCAAACGAUAUGGGUCGAUUGCACAGCUCACUGAAUCCGGCGCAAAUAAAGAUCAUAGGAAUCGUCUUGGUCGGAGAGCAGUUUAUUAUGCAGAAGCUGGGCGUUAUAAGGAGAGCAUGAGUAUUUUAUCGGAGGAAGGUCACGGGCAAGAGACAAGUUGUCUGU